AUGCUAACUUGCAAUGAUAAAGAUUGUAAAUAUUUAACAGAAAAAUUCUUUUAUAAAAGAGACCAACUAUACAAAGAUAUACUUGAUAAAUCUUAUACAAUAUACCCAAAAAAAGAUUCAGAAAUACUUCAAGAAUCUACUCUUAAUCCAUCUAUCUUUCAUAUUAAUGGAACUUAUGAAGCUACCCUCAAAAUAUCUAUACUUACUAAACUACUUGAAGACUUAGCAAAAACAGCUGAAGAAGCAGUCUGUAAACAAAACAAUAUCACCACAAGUCCAAACUGUUGUAGA